AUGCACACCACAGUGACGGGCUCAGUGCUCGCCGCAUUGGCCCUCUCCUCCCUCCUAGCAACAACAACUGCACAGACAUACUCAACGUGCAAUCCGCUGCAACAAAGUGGGUGCCCCGCAGACCCUGCCCUGGGCAGAAGCGUCGAUGUCGAGUUCACUUCCGGUUCCUCGAGCGAGUUCAUGGCUUCAGGCGCAGUCAGCUACACCUCCGAUGGCGCAGCCUUUACUAUCUCUCAGCACGGCGACGCUCCCACCCUCUCCUCGAAAUGGUAUAUUAUGUUCGGACAUGUCGAUUUCGUGGUCAAGGCUGCUCCAGGCACAGGAAUAGUCAGUGCCGCUAUCUUGCAGUCUGACUGCCUGGAUGAGAUAGACUGGGAAUGGGUGGGAGGCGACGACAGUCAGGCCCAAAGCAAUUACUUUGGAAAGGGAAUCACCACAACGGGAUACAACCGAGGAGCCUAUCACGGAGCACCCGGCAACCAUGACGGAUUCCAUACCUACAGCAUCGAUUGGACUGCCGACCAGAUUGUUUGGUCCAUUGAUGGCCAGACUGUUCGAGCGAUGACCCAGUCACAAGCUGAAGCCGGCCAGUAUCCCCAGACUCCGAUGUACGUGAAACUUGGUGCCUGGGCAGGUGGUGACCCGUCCAACCCCGAGGGCACGAUCACAUGGGCUGGAGGUGUUACCGACUACUCCGCUGGGCCUUUCACCAUGUAUGUGAGGUCGAUACAUGUCACCGACUACUCGACCGGCUCCCAGUAUUCCUACUCCGGCACCAGCGGCACAUGGCAAUCCAUCAGCUCCAACGGUGGUCAAAUCAACGGUCAGGGAAACGGUGCGCAGGUCUCGUCUGAUUCAGUACCUGCAGUCACCUCAUCGGUGCCCAACAGUGCUCCUCUCGCCUUCGGCAAUGGCGGCGACAGCUCAUCCGUAACCGCAACUCGGACCGGCUGGCCGUGGUCUGGGACGGCGACAGCGACAGUAGAGAGCGUGGUAAGCUCUUCAACUUCUGGACUGGCAAGUUAG